CUUCUGUGUGGGAAGAAUAUGCUGUGGAAAUUUCAAGCUACUAAGUUGGCUUAUUCCUCCUGGAAAAAAUAAAAUAGGAGCAGAAAUUUAGAAACACCACAAUGGAGAUACGUGGUUUUGCACACAUAAGGAUGAAUAUGUAAUCCCCUCCCUCCCCCGUCAUAUUUGCUUUAUUCUGACAGGACUAAUGAGUAAUCCUCAUCUUGAUUCAGGAUGUAUAUCAGCUCAUCAUUCUGUUAUCAAUUCAUCAGACACCUCAUUCAUUCCUCCCCUUUUAUUGUUCUCCCUGCCCCAAUCAAUGCUCAUGCCCUCACAACAUAAUCCUGUCCAGACCUGUGUGUGCUGUGCAGGUCUAAACCUGUCUGCUUCCCUGCCCGACUGAUUAUGACCCAAUCCCCCACAUUCCAUAUCCAUUUCCGUUACACUUCAGUCACCUGGAGUUGCCUCUCUGUUGCAUAGUCUUGCUCCAACCUCCUCACUGGUUUUUGCAACUCUAAAUUUUCGAUGUUCCAACUCAAGCUUCAUGAAACGAAAAACUUGCUUCUUCAUGCAGCGAAGGAUAGUGGACCCCGGCCUACAUCGGUGGAGCCUGCAGUAUCCGAGUAUAAUAGUUCCUUGAAGUUUGAAAUGCUAGCAGGCACCAAAGCCCAAGAACAAAAUGGGCAGAAGUGGGUUUGCUCAAUUUUACUGUCAAAAAUUUUUGUCGAGAUAAAUCACACAGUGUCUCUACAAUUUUCAUGGCAGCCAACGUCAGCUACAAAUAUGCCAUGUAUGUUAUUUAUCCGUGCCACACCUAUUUACACCUCCCCGGACUUCACUAAAGUACCUGUGAAAAGAUGUCCAACUCACAGUGUACCAAAUCAUCCUCUCAAUACCGGUCUAGAUGAAGAAAUGAUUGAGCAUGUUCUGCGAUGCCCACGAGAUGAUGCCAUUUAUGAAAAAGAUCCUGUCAGUGGCCGAUGUAGUGUGAAAAUACCAAUUCAAGUCAACGAUCCUGACUUUUAUAAUAUGGUCGCAGGGCAAGGGGAAACUCAGAUUGACUACAAAUUCGUCUGUCAAACCAGUUGCGCAAAGGGUAUGGAGAGGAGAGCCAUUCACGUGAUUUUUACCUUAGAAAAUGGACAAGGAGAUGUGUAUGGAAGGCGAACAUGGGGAUUCAAAAUUUGUGCAUGCAUAAAACGAGAUAUGAGACGGGAGGAGCUUGACGCCAAAGAGUGCUCCAGCUCUCAAGACUCCGGUAAAACAAAGCUUCUUAAGAAAGAGGAGCAAAUGAGGCUUGAGUCUCCUGAAGAAGCGAUUGAUAGAUGUUUCUUUGACCUCCUGAACUAUCUUCCGGCACCACGGCUCGUAGAAGUAAGGAGGUUACUAGCUGGUCGUUUUCAUAAGUGGGAAACUAACGACGAUGAAAAAGUUAGAACUCUCUACAAAAAACUCCUGAAGAAAUAAUGGUCAUCCAGGAUGUUGAUUCACGAUUCUGAGUCUCUAUUUUCUUUUGUUUAUUGUUUAAAUUUUCUGUAUUCUACAGACCCAUGUCUUUCAGUUGAUUUAUUUUUUAUAUAAUUUAAUAAUUUGUGAAUUCUAGUUUUUAAUUAGUAAAUGUGUUAAUGUAUUUAAGCGCAGCAUCUUUCAAGCGCCAUGUUACAUAAUUCAGAAUGAUCAAAGCAUAAGAUGGCAGAAGAGAGGUCAAUUUUUUUGUUCUGUAUCCUUUGACUAUUUCUCUUUAACUCUCAUCUUGUCAGUCACGAGUGGUUAUAUUCAGUGCAUUCAUGAAAUGCAAAAAAAAUCUAACUUUUUGUAACCUCUCAAAUUUAUCAUAGGUAAUUAAAUGAACUGAUUGAUAUAGUGAUCAGUAGUGAUCACAGUCAUCUGCAUCCCCCUGGCAUCAAUAGCCUAGUUUAGGUGGACUGAUUAGUCUAUAAGUUUCUUUUAUAUUUUUUUCUCUUUUCCUAUGCGAGGUCGUAACCCUAAUAACAUGGUGCUAAAAUUUCCUUUUGACUGUGGACACACCGUCAGCAGGGGUUUUUCCUUUUUUUAAGACACGGGGCAGGCACACGGUCAGUAGUUCCCGAGCAACUACCUGCUCUUUUUCAACUAGGGCCAGAAAUUAUGUGAAUGUUUGAAUUAGCACUGGACUAAGACUAACAGAAACAAAUCAAAUCGCAUCAAGUUGAAACGGAGAGAACGAGGUUUGCUCUUUUGAUGCAGAUCGCCGAGAAUUGACAAACGGCUCAAUUGCGUUAGUUUUUUCGGUCUUGGCAAGAAGUCUGAAACAAAGUUCCGAUUCUGCAAUAUUCCUUUCUUAUUGGUCCACUCUCCUGCCUGAGCCACACUUUCCACCCAUGCGACGGAGAGAUUUGUCGAUUUAAGGUGCUGGAUGGGAGAAGAACAGAACUUCGUUUCAUUCACCUUGGUUUGAAGUUUUAUUCCUUUAGAAGACUCAAUGUUAAGGACGAAAGAAUAUUUCCAUGUUCAUAAUAUUUAUUCUCGACUUUAAAUUUUUGAUAGAAAAUUUACAACUAUUCGACCUCAAAAUUGCUGUAUUCUCAAUAUUUUUCUAAAAUAGGACCUGCUGCAUUUCUGUUAAUGUGGGUCCAACGAAAGACAUGUUACCAAGACAAUUUGUGAAGUUAUAAAAUUAUAUUUUGUAGAUCAGUUAUUUCAUCAGCACAUAGUUAAUCAUUCACCUUUAAGGCAUCAGUGCCUUUCGCUGUCCCAUAAGAGACCAAUGCUGCCGCCAACUUUUCCUAUUACUUAUACAAAAUCAACAAACAGUAGGUCUUAAAAUUUUCCUCAGGUUAUCUAUGCUUAUAUAAGAGGUAUUCUUAAAAAUGCUGGUAAAUUUUCAAUUUUUAAAGUCUUUGUCAAAAGAUCUUUCAAAAUUGGAAGUGAGUUUUUGAUUUCCCAUCUUCAUCACUGAACAAAUAACCAUGUAACGUUGUUGGUUUGAAAUUUGUGUGUGUAAAUUUGUACUAUACGAAAUUUUCAGUUUGUUAGUUCCUCUUGAAUAAAUUUUUUUACUUUAUU